UGCCUCAGUCUUCGGCUGUGCCUUCGAAGGCAAACAUCACCUGUUCGGUCCGGUGACGGUCGUGGUUAGAAAAAGUAAUAACAAAAAAACGAACAACGAACGACGAACCCCCCGAGGCUUGGGUGGAAUACAAAGCCCCACCGCACCCACACAAACGCGCGCGCGCUCAAUCACGCAGUUUUGCCCUUCUGCAGCAGGGCAGCAAAUCACCUAGGGCGAGAAAAAAAAGGAAGCCGAAUUAAGCCAUAUUCGACCGGCAUGCAGCAUUAGCAUUAGUGCGAGUGAAAUUCGUUUUUUUUUCGUCGGUUUUUUUUUUGAUAUUGUGCCACACGAUACACCAAAUCAGUGCGAAGGAAAGAAAAAAAUCACGCGCGUUCGGGUGACGUUAAGACGGUUCACCCGCCAAAAAACGUCUUCUACCGCACCCAUCCCAUUCUUGGCUUUGGUAUUUUAACUAUUUUCGAUUGCCUGUUUUUUUUUUUUUGAGUGCAAAAGUGGUGUCACGCCAGCAAAGAGUGUCGUUUCAGUGCUUUAUCACAUUUCGGUUCGAUUCGCGCGAAUGUCUACACGCGGAUUAAGGCGCUGAAGUAUAUUUUGUGUUGUUUUGCACGAAUGAAUCUAAACCCCCAGGCAUCAAAUGGAAAGCAUAGACAGAUAAUAAAAAAAAAGUUUCAGUAAAUUCGAUACGGUUGAGCGUGUGUGCCGAGAACGGAGAAAAAAGGGGAUUAAAAAAGUGAGGCGCGCGCGCGCGAAUUUCCACACCGAAUGAUUAGAAAAACGGCAAUGGGAAGGUGUUGAAAAUUGAUCUAGUGAAGCUUAUCUCGUGAAGGCUUACCCAUCGGAAGGAUUUAGUGCGCGAGUGAACAAAAUAUUCUACGUAAAAUCACACAAUGCUCGGAUGGGUGUGUAUGCAAAUUUAGUCACAGAAAAGUGGUAACAAACCAGCGUAGGUUGGUUGGUGUGUUUUUUUUUGGUGUAAAAAAUAAAGUUAAAUUCUACUGCGUAUAGUGCGGUCGAUCGUACACAACAUUACACCACUGUGCUAGAAGAUUUCUUUCCAAUUUCCGAUGGCCAAAUGGACCGAACCGGUUAAACAGAUUUCUUCUUUGAGCGUCCCGCUGGAUGAUCGUUUUGAACAUUCGGGACAAUAAGGCACUCCAGAAGUGAGCUUCCUGUGCACCGUCUCACCUAAUAACAUGCGCUUGUUUAAGGCGAAAAAACUGCUCGACGGACCGCAAGCGUUGGCACGGGGAGGUAGUUCGUCUCCCGUGCCAGUUCUUUCACCUGCCGAGGUGGCUAAUAACGCCACCUAUAAUGACAUUAUCGUACUGGCCAGCUCAGCACCUCAAUCAGCCCAAUCGAACGCACUGCUGCUGUUGGGAGCUGCCACCAAAUUUGAAGCCGAACUACCGUCCCUGGUAGGCGAAGAAGUGUCCGGAGGGCAGAUCGAAACACUUUCGCCCUUUCCUGUCACAGAUGCAACUGCUGCCGGAAGCAUAUUUGUACCAUCCGACGGCAAUCAGACGACCACAGAUCCACCGAUGGCACCGAUACCGCACGCAGCAUCGACCGAUAACGUUUGCAGUAUUAAUAACGCUUCAUCAGCCGAGUCGUCGCACGUACGCAAUCAAGGUGUCGAGGUUAGGCUGAUGCGGGAGCAACUGCGACCUAGAACACCGCCACCCGGUACCGGUUAUGGUCAACCGACUGCAACAAUCGCCCGCAACGGUAUCGGUACGCUCGCGGGCUUUCGGAUGGUGACCGCCGUACCGGCGAUGGUUCUCGAGGACGAUCCGCCCCUGAGGACCGCCAAGGAGAGCAAGAACGUGUUCACAUGGGGUCGCAAAAUGGGCAAAAAGUUCGAUCUACUUCGCCGUGGUAGCGAUGCCCACAAGCUAGCCGGACCGGGUAGUGUGGCGCUCGUUUCAGUCGCUCCACCAGUAGUGCCACCAUCCUCCACAGCCGCAACAUCAAUGUCCGGCAUCGGUACAGCAACACCAAUCUCCUCAUCUUCGGAACCGUGCAUCAGUUCGAUCUGCGGUGAACAGGAGAGUGGACGGAAGGGAAAGUCCCCGCUGAAGGCACACCAAAGUCACCGUACCACGAACGGUUCCACCAUCAACGGGCACGAUCCACUGGUGAAGCUCAACUCGGAACGUUCGUCUGGUACGUUCCGGAACUUCUUCUACCGAAUGGGUUCGACCGGUAUGCUGAAUCACAAAUCGAACCAUUACCAGAAACAACAGUUUCUGCAACAGCAGCAACAGCAACAUCAGCAACAGCAUCAGCAACAGAACCAACAGCAACAACCUCACCAAUUGUUGCAACAUAUGUCUCUCGCCCAAACCCAAGCGGACCUGAGCAAGAUGGAGCAACAUCAUCAGCAGAUGCUUUAUCGUAGCAGUUCGACCAGUCAGCUUAAUACCUCCUCGUACGUCAAGUGUGAUGAUCCUACCGACGGUGUUAAUCUUGCUAACGGGCACACGAAGACAACCGUCGGUAAUUCCUCCUCAUCGUCACAACUUCAUCUGACGGGUUUGCGUGAUGAACACUCCAACAGAUCGGGGACGAGUUCCAACUCUACCCAAGAAACAACCAGCUCACCAACGUCCUGUACAGCCACCACAAAAUCUUCCAGCUGUGACGAUAUUGCACGUGUCGGUCAACAGUCAAGCCCCGCGGAAGGUUCACUGUCGAAGAAAAAUCACUUCCCGUACGCAUUCCUGCGCUCGAAACUUUCGGUACUGCCGGAAGAGAAUGGUGGUUCGGUUAUUAACUACAGCCGCAUUAAGGAGAAUCUGUUGCGUACCGGGAACCGUGGUUCUAUAGUGAGUCUUCGGUCGGAUAUUGACAGCGUUUCGAUUACCGACUCGCAGCUUAACAUCUCCGGCGAGAGUGGUAGUGAUGUGUUUCUGGCGGCUUCUACCACCGACAGUAAGUCUAUUGGUGCGAGCAGCGAUGCUGGAAUAAUGUCACGCAAUAACUCGAUCAAGACACUCACCGACACGGAGCAUAGCUUUGUGCUGAAUUAUCAGCGGCUGAGCAGUUGCCUGAGCAGCAACGAGUCUGGCUAUGAUAGUGAUGGUCGACAUGCAGAGGAUAAGAUCGAUGAUGCUAGUAAUGCGUCACUUAAUAGUAGUGUGAGCUCAUCGCACCACCACCAACAUCAUCACCAACAGCAGCAACAUCUGUCCGGAGGACUUUCGACCUCGUCCUUUAAUGGUGGUGAUGCAUAUGUGGACGCGAUCAGAACGAAGGAUCAAUCGUACGUUUUCGGUAGCCGGAGACGUCUAUCCUCGUCCUCUUCGUCGAUCGUUUCCGGUGUUGGACCGGGCGGUGGUUUCGACUGUGGUACGAUCCGCCGACGAUUCCGCCAGAUUAAGCUGGUCAAACAGCAGGGAGACGAAACGAUCGGCAUCGAGCUGACACCGCAAACAAUCGGGCUGGACGAAGGCGAGUGUGAGACGCGCUAUCUGGUCACCGAAAUCGAUCCGGAAGGGAUUGCUUACAAGGAUGGCCGAUUGCGCAUCGGCGACGAGAUUGUGAACGUAAACGGGCAUCAUUUACGUGGCCUGCAGUCUCCCAGCACUGUCCAGCGUAUCCUAUCGACAUUUGUCAACAAUGUCGUAGAUCUUGUCAUUGCACAUGACGAGUUAACUACGUUCAACUCUGACGCGAAUCGAAAGAUUAAGAUCGAUUCCCGGCCGAACGGUUCCCCCAUUACCGCAUCCGGUACGAUCUCGAUCUCGACCGACGGUUCGUCGGCGUCCUCGUCAUCUUCAUCCUCACCGACGCGCGCACCAUCCAAAUCGUCCGUAACGGCGGUCGGUGGUCCGUCCAAACCAUUCCCACUGACACCGAUCUACGCACCGUCCGAUUAUGUGCCGGUGUACGCAAACCGCAUCUCGAUCUCGAACACAAUCUGUGACGAUGAAAAGUGGCAAAUGAUAAGCAAGCAGCGGUGUGAAGCACUGGCCAAGAAUGGGUACUCACAGAUACUCGGUUCGAAGCGGCUCAUCAAGGACAGUGACGAAGAGAUGGUACCGAACGGUACAGUACAUCCGUCGCAACCGAAGCAUCUAAUCGAUUCGAACGAAACGGGCCUGUACUCACUCUAUCGGCCCGUGUCGCACGGUAGCAUCAAUCAAUCGAUCCGCCAUCUAACGGGCAGUGGGGAAGGCAAUGGUUCACGUGCGUCCAUUGCGGAAGGACAUCCAACCGUGCUGGUGCAGGUAAUCUCCGACACGAUACGUCGCAACGUUCCGAUCGGUACGUCCCGGACAGCGCAGCUCGACAGCUACCGUGGAGCGAACGGUCCAAAAAGUGAGGAAGACAUCCCUCGAUCGGUGCAGCGCAUACGGCUCAAAUCGGACGACGGUGAGCUGGAGGGCAAACCGGAUGGAAAUGUGCCGCUGCAGCGAUCGAAGACGGAAAACAACAUAAGCGGUACGCGGGAUGAGCUUGAUUGCUCGCUUGAUGGUACAAAGUUUGAGGCCGGCGUACGGAUCCUCAUCAACGAGGAGGGAUCGUCCUAUAUCGAGGGAAUACACAAGUGCACCUAUCUGACUGUCACCUUCUACAAGGGAGCUGGGAUGAAAUCGCUCGGAUUCAGCAUUGUCGGUGGGCGUGAUUCACCGCGUGGCAAUAUGGGUAUCUACGUGAAGACCGUCUUUCCGAGCGGACAGGCUGCGCUCGAUGGAACGCUAAUGGCGGGAGAUGAAAUUCUUUCCAUCAACGAUGUCGCCGUGCAGGGUAUGAGCCACUGCGAAACGAUCGCACUGUUCAAGAAUGUCAAAGAAGGACCGGUUGUGCUGAAGCUGGCCCGAAGAAGGUAUCAUCGGGCUAAGUCAGUAGAUAAUCUACCGAACUGAGUGAUUUCAUUGCGUUUCCCCCCAAAAAACCAAAUCGCAAUAGGAACGGGGAAUCGCGCAGCUCCACAAAACGCUAUAUUAUUUAUUCCACCCACGAAAACCCCACGGACACUUCAAUUCUAGUCACCUGUUCUGUAUAGUGCUCUUGGUGUGACCGUGCUCCGCGGCACAAUGCGCGUGGCGUUUUUUUUAGACGAGUGCAAGCGACCUAUCUGUAAGAUUUCAGCAAAAGAGCAAAGCAAAACCUUCAACUAUCCCAAAACCGAUCGCACUGAUCAUCGAACAAAGAGAGAGAGAGAGAGAGAGAGAAAGAGAGAGGGGGUUGGAGAAGGUGGACGGAUUCGUACAGCACUAAUGGCAUACUAAUUCGCACGCACAUACACGUAUAUCUUCCAUUACGAUUCUUCACCAUCCCCACGACAUUGACAUUGCGGCAUGUGAAACAGUGCCGUAAAGUAAGGAGAUAAGCGAGAUAGCUUGUCUCGUGCGUGGAACGAAUUUGCUCCGAAUCGGACGGUAAAGCUGUUAGUGUGUAAGACCAAGCGUCCUACAUGUAGGUUAAGGGUUUUCAUUUCAUUCCCUCUCUAUCUCGCUGUUUGUACAAAUCUCAUAACCAUAUCGCGUAAAGUCAAUAAAAAUAAAACAUUCAUAACAAAACAA